AUGAUGAGAUCUCGUCUAGCCCACCUCCUGUUCCUACUCAUCCUCAUUACCGACUGCUCGCCUUCCCCUCCAUGGCCCCAAUCACCACCGUCAUCUCCACCACCGCGACGUCGUUCUCGCAGACGACACCGGUUCUCAGACCGCUUCGCGUGCCCUCACGGCUCCCACACUGACGAAGACAACAGGUAUCCGCUGGAGCGCAUGCAGUCGCCUGAAAGCCACAACGACAACCAUCAGGAAGAGAACGCCCCGCCCGCCAGAAAGACCGUCCGCUGGGGUCCCGUCACCGAGAUCCCCAGGCCUGCCUACAGAAGCCGUGAGUGCAGCCCUAGCCCUGGCAGCUAUCACCCGUCCUGCAGCGUCGCAGCAAAGCCAUGCCUGAAGCCGCUCACUCCGUUGGAUCAGGAGAUGGCGCAGAGAAACCUUCGGGCUAUGGUGGACGAGUCCACCCACCGUCUGAACAUGUACUAUGACGCCAUGGAGUACUUCUCCGGUGACGUGGUUCUGGACGAGAUCAUGUGUCAGGACGAGAGACAGCUUUUCCAAAAGGCAAGGAGACAAUCUUUGAAAGAUACGUUCCGCUUCGCCAGGUCGCCAUCUCAUACUUCGUCCGGGUCGAGCUCGGGAUGA